UAUUAAUAUUACAAUACAACCUAGCUUGAGAGUUGAGAGAUACAAAAACAUGUCCAACAUUGCUAUUAGCAUUGAACUUGUGCUCAUCGGAAUCACUUUGAGUUGCAUGAACUUGCUCACUCUAUCAAAGGCAACAUAUUAUCCACCACAAACCGAAGCCAGGGCGCUACUUAAAUGGAAACAAAACUUCCAAAACCAAUCAGCCUUCACAUCUUGGCAAAUACCACAAAAUCUCACUUGUUUACCCAACAUAAAUCCAUGCCAUUGGCGAGGAAUCGGAUGUGAUAGCCAUGGAAGAGUCACCAAUAUUAUCUUGUCCGGCUUAGAACUGCAAGGUAAACUCGAUACCUUGGAUUUCUCUUCGUUCCCACAUUUAAUUGGCCUUGACCUUAGUUCUAACUAUUUCAUUGGUACAAUACCUACUUCUAUAGGGAUGAUUUCUAAGCUCAAAUACUUUGAUCUCUCUACAAAUAAGCUUAACGGUACUCUACCUUUUUCCCUUUCUAAUCUCACACAACUUGAACAUCUUGAUCUCUCUCGAAACGACUUCACUGGCCAAAUAGACCCGGCUUUGUUCCCUGAUGCAGUGAGCCGAACAAAUUCUGGUCUCAUUAGUAUUAAGAGAAUUAUCCUGCAACAUACUUAUCUAGAUGGUACAAUCCCCUCUACGAUAGGAAACUGUAGAAACCUUUCUAUUAUUGCUCUUGGCAACAAUCAACUUUCAGGUCAUAUCCCUGCAUCAAUGGCCAACUUGAGUGAGCUAACCUGCCUACGGUUGGAUCAGAAUUAUCUCACCGGCCCAAUCCCCACAUUUGUUGGUAGACUUGACAAGCUAACCAACCUUAGUUUGUAUGAAAAUCAGUUUCAUGGUCAUAUACCUCAAGACAUUGGUAAUCUAUCAUCACUUACCUGUCUAGAAUUGUGUAGGAAUAACCUCACAGGAUCACUACCCCCGCAAGUCUGCAAGGGCGGAAAGCUUGUCUACCUGACUGCCAGUUUUAACAAUUUAACAGGACCAAUGCCAAUAAGCCUAAAGAAUUGCCAGAGUUUACAUAGGGUUAACCUCAACCAUAACCAACUCACUGGAGACCUUGAUCAGGCCUUUGGAGAGUAUCCAAGCAUGCGCUAUAUUGACUUGAGCUACAACAAACUAGGAGGUAAACUCUCACCAACUUGGGGAAUGUCUAAAAACUUAUCUGCUCUACUAAUAGCAGGAAAUUCAGUUGGUGGUGAAAUACCAAAACAUAUUUUCCAGUUGCCAAAUUUGGGGUUGUUAGACCUGUCAUCAAAUAGGCUACAUGGAUACAUACCCCCAGAAAUUGGACAAAGCUCUAAAUUGGUUCAAUUAUUAUUUCAGAAUAAUAUGCUUUCAGGACAUGUUCCGGUACAAGUAGGAGGCCUAAAAGAAGUGCGACAACUGGAUAUCUCUAAUAACAGCUUAACAGGACAAAUCCCAGGAGAAAUUGGGGGGUGCUCAAUGCUCCUGAGCUUAAAUUUGAGCAACAACCAUCUGACGGGCAAAAUUCCAGAUGAGAUCGGUCAGUUAACUCACUUGCAGAUUUUUCUGGACUUGAGUUAUAAUUCUCUGACUGGGGAGAUGCCACUGAAUCUGGGGCAGCUACAAGAACUUGAAAACUUGAACAUUUCACACAACAGUCUGACUGGUCGAAUCCCUACCUCUGUAGCCAACAUUCUCAGCUUACUAAGCGUUGAUUUCUCCCAUAAUGAACUAGAAGGCCCACUCCCUGAUAGCAAGGCCUUCUCUUCAUUUCUACUUGAAUCGUUUUCUGACAACAAGGACUUGUGUGGUAAAAUUAAGGGCAUGAAACCUUGCAAUGAUAUACAAGCUACUUUAUCUCCAACAACAAAGCAGCAAUACCGUAUCAUAAAAUUUACAGUAGCCUCUUUGGCAAGCACCCUACUUGUUCUUCUUUUUGUUGCUUGCGGCAUAAUAGUUUGGAGAAGAGGCAGACUGGCGAAACAUAAACAACAGAAGUUGAACAAAUUCAAAGAUCCAUUCACCGUGUUGAACUUUGAUGGUAAAUUGGUUUACAGCGACAUUGUUGAAGCCACAGAGGACUUUCACAGUCUGUAUUGCAUUGGAAGUGGAUCGUUUGGGAGGGUUUAUAAAGCAGAGCUUCCCAACGGUCAAGUGUUAGCGGUUAAGAAGCUCAACUCGGGGAUAUUAGAGAAUGCAGCCAAAAGCUUUGUGACUGAAGUAACAGCCCUAACAGAGAUUCGACAUAGGAACAUCGUGAGGUUUUAUGGGUUUUGUUUGCAUCAGAAGAUGACAUUUUUGGUGUUCAAGUAUGUUGAAAGAGGAAGCUUGGCUGAUGUUAUAAGCAGCUAUGACGGGGCAAAGGAGCUAGAUUGGGACAAGCGCAUCAGAAUCAUCAAAGGUGUAGCUAAUGCCCUGGCAUAUAUGCACCAUGGUUGCAUUCCACCUGUUGUUCACCGCGAUAUUUCAAGUAAAAAUGUUUUGUUGUGUUCUCAAUUGGAAGCUCAUGUCUCUGAUUUUGGCACAGCGAAAUUCCUACAUCCAGAUUCAUCUAACUGGACAGCACUUGUUGGAACAUAUGGCUACCUUGCCCCAGAGCUGGCUUACACAAUGGUUCUUCAAACAGGUCAGAUGACCAACUGCAAACUCAGCUAAAAGAUGUCUUAGACUGUCGUCUGCCGUAUCCAAUGGGUAAAGAUCUCAUACGACAGGUGGAAUUCCUCAUACAGAUAGCAAUUUUGUGCCUCAAUGCUGAUCCACAAUCAAGGCCAACCAUGAAUCAUGUCUCUCAGAUGUUCGAAAUCAAUUGUGGAAUCAAUAACACCAUGGACAUUGUCUUCUAGAACACCAUCUUACAUACUCAAGUUGGAAUGUAACCUCACACACAAUUUAAGUAUCCAACCAUGAUGAUAGUUUACAGUCAUGAUAACGAAACUCCCAAAUUCAAAGCAUGAUUUCCAUUGUAACUCCAACGUGCCGCAUUUUAACCCCAUCUAUGAUGCCCUAGAGCAGAUUUUUGAAAUUUCCCAUGGAAGCCCUCAGAGUUUUGUGUAAAAUAGCUAAAAUACCCUUUUUGUAUUUAAAAUCUGUUACAGCUUUGCUUUCUAAUAUCCAAGAUACCAGUACUGUACUACUGCUGGCAGGUUAAUAAGUUAAAACCAAUUUUCUACAGUAAUUCGGAUUGACGUUGGAAAAAUCGUUUCCCGGCUAGGUGUUGCGUUAACCAUACACUCCUAAAUCUCAGAGAU